CAACAUCAGAAACAUGAAAAAGUCCCCAAUUUUCGACCGGAAAACCUUCCUGCUUGUGACUGGUGCAAGCCGUGGUUUAGGGCGUAGUCUUGCAGUUAACCUAGCCAAGAAGCUGGGGAAGCAAUCCUUUAUCCUGCUUCUUGCACGAAACAAAGAUGGUUUGGAAGAAACCAAAACCCAGAUUCUGAAAAAUGUCCCAGAUUUGGAACUGACCAUUUCCCUUCAGCCAGUUGAUUUGUCACAGUGUUCAGAUGCCUUGUUUGAUAGACUUUUGAAGGACACUAUGACCACGGCCCAUGCUGACUUCCAGUGUUUUAACCAGGUCAUCAUCGUUCAUAAUGCGGCUAGUCUCGGCGACGUCAGUAAAAAAGUUUCGGACUUCAUGGAUGCGGCCGAAUAUCAGGAAUAUUGGAACGUGAACAUAACAUCGCCAGCAAUUCUGAACAAUGUGUUUUUACACCAUUUUCCUGCCAGUGAAAAACGAGAUGUUUUAUGUAUAAACAUAUCGUCAAUAUGUGCUCUGCAACCGUUUAAAACUUGGGCGUUGUAUUGUACCGGUAAGACUGCCCGGGACAUGUGGUUCAAUGUGUUAGCCGUUGAGGAGCCUUCCAUCAGAGUCCUGAGUUACGCCCCUGGACCUCUCGACACUGACAUGCAGAUGCUUGCGAGGACAGUCACUGGUGACAAUGACAUGAGAGAAGUCUUCCUGGAUAUGCACCAAAAAGGAGGCCUGCUUACCUGUGAUGUCUCCGUCAAGAAGUUGAUUCAAAUUCUGGAGACAAACACGUUUGAAUCUGGAGCGCACAUAGAUUAUUUCGAUGUCAGCGACACUGCCAGCGAGAAAACAAAUAACAGUUAAUAAUUGGUAUGGUGUGACUUGGGUUAAGCUCUUGUCCUGCUUUCCUUAGACCAUGUGCAGGUAAAACUUGCCAUGUCAGUCGUGAAUCUAUCUAGUCUCACAUUACAUGCAUUGGGUGACCAUAAAAAAUGCAUUAGACCUUUCCCCAACAUCUCGAGGACAAACACCUGAAAUGGCCGGUAAAAAAUAGCAAAAAUUCAAUUUUCCUGGAUUGCAAGUUUUGGUAUCAAAUUGUGUUCCUGCUUUAGCAGGUUAGCUCCUUUCACUUUGAAUUCAGUCGGUACCACUAACACAGAAAAUCAUGUCAUUGAUUUGGAUAAAAGUUAAGUUACUCAAUAGGGACGUUUUUGAGAUAUUAAUAGUGUUACAGUGAUUUUUUUGGGCCACCCGAUAUAGAAAGAGCAGCUCUUAUGGCUUGGUUCUCACCACAUUCCAGUUGGGCAUCCACAGUUUUCAUCCAUCCCCUUAGCGGACACCUCUCUAUCAAGGACGACCUCUAUAUUAAGGACAUUAGUUUUGGUCCCGAAUUGGUUGUUUCCAUUCAACUUGCCCCUCUCUAAUCCGGUCACCUCUUUACAUGUAUUAAGGACAGCACUUGUCAGUCCCGAUGGUGUCCUUAAUAGAGAGGUUCUACUGUAUUUGUAAUGUUUCAACGCAGGUACAAUUCGUCCCUCCUUUGAAGCAUAUUCACAGCUAAAAAUCCGAAGAUAUGGUCUCAAAAUGCUAUGGACAAGCACAAGAAAACAUGAAAAGUAACGUUUCUGGUAUGAAGACCAGCAUUCUGACCAGAAAACAUGACAUGCUGACGAUGCGAAAAAAGGAGCGCCUAAAUAAGAGGUGCCCAUAUUAGGAUUUAAGUUGAAGAUAUGACCUAAGUGCAGCUGAAUGGCCAGGAAGAUAUUUUGCUUGAAAAAACAACAAAAGACGUAAAAACAUCACAUUUGAAUGCGUUUUUUUUUUUGUGCUGUGUGUAGACCAAUAACACUGAUUGUCUAUAGUAAAAUCUCUCUCUUUCUUCAGGCAAGUGGUAUUGGAAUGUUGUAAUAUUUUAUUAUGAUAUUGGUAAAGGGUUCUUAUUAAAACAUAUAUAAUUUGGUGAGGAUUGAUUGGUCCUAAGGGUACUUUGUUUACCAAAACCUAUGUUCUGCAAUGUACAUGUAAUGAACACAGUGUCUCUGCACUGGCCUGUAUUUUGUUUUAUUUUAGAGAUCUGCUAAAGCUAAGGCUUCCAUAUUCUUUUUGGCUCACCGUAGGGGAGUCUAUACAACACCGCAGUGUCCGUCGUCCGUCGUCGUCGUCGUUGUAUCCUAUUUCUAAAACAAUGGCACGUUUCUUAACCGCUACAGCUAGGGCUAUGGACUCAAAACUUUGUAUGCAUGACCCCCUAGGUCAGAUGACCUCUGACACUGAAUUUCGGUAUGUCUAUUUCUUGACUUGGCCACUAGGGGGCCAAAACUGAAAACAUAAAUAGUGUGAUAUCUCACUUAUUAGUAAUUUGUUUUUGAUGAAAUUUUUAUGGUAGGUUCUCCUAGCAAGGAUAUAUCACAUAUCAUGCGUGUUUUUGAUUUGACCUACUUUUCAAGGUCAUAGAGGUCAAAUGGCAUAAAUUUGCCAUUUGAGUGUAACUGUGGCACGUUUCUUAACCAAUAAAGCUAUGAACUUGAAAUUUAGUACACAUGACUCCCUACAUGAUAUAACCUCUGACACCGAAUUUCAGUCUGAUCUGAUCCUUGGCCACCAGGAGGCCAAAACUAAAAAAAGUAAAAAGUGACUUGUUUUCAAUUUUAUUUUAUGGUAGGUACUCAGAGCAAGGAUACAUCUUAUUUUCACAGAGGUCAAAUGGUGUGAAUUGGCUGUUUGUGUGUAACUAUGGCAUGUUUCUUAACCACUAAAGCUAUGAACUUUAAACUUAGUACACAUAACCCCCUAGGUCAGAUGACCUGUGACAAUGAUUUUCAGUCCGGUCUGAUUCUUAACUUGGCCACCAGGGGGCCAAAACCAAAAAUUUGAAUAGUGCCAUAUCUCGCUUAUUACUGAUUAGUUUUUGGUAAAAAUUUAUGGUAGAUACUCUUAGCAAGGGUACAUCACAUAUGAUACGGGUUUUUGAUUUGACGUUCCUGUCAAGGUCACAGAGGUCAAAUGGCGUAAAUUGGCCAUUUGAGCGUAACUGUGGCACGUUUGUUAACCCUUAAGGCUAUGAACUUGAGACUUUGUACAAAGGACCCCCUAGGUCAGCUGACCUCUGACCCUGAAUUUCAGUCCGGUCUGAUUCUCGACUUGGCCACCAGGGGGCCAAAAGUGAAAACCUAGAAAGUGUGAUAUCUCGCUUAUUAGUGAUUCGUUUUCAAUAACAUUUUUAUGGUAGGUUCUCCUAGCAAGGAUACAUCACAUAUCAUAUGAGUUUUUGAUUUGACCUGCUUUUCAAGGUCACAGAGGUCAAAUGGCUUAAAUUGGUCGUUUGAGUGUAACUAUGGCACUUUUCUUAACCACUAAAGAUAUGAACUUGAAAUUUGGUACACAUGACUCCCUACGUCAUGUAACCUCGGACACCGAAUUUCGAUCUGAUCUGGUACUCAACUUGGCUACCAGGAGGCCAAAACUAAAAUAGGUAAAAAGUGCAAUAUCUCGUUUAUUAGUGACUUGUUUUUGAUGAUAUUCUUAUGGUACUUACUCCAAGCAACGAUACAUCACAUGUCGUACCGACUUUGGUUUGACCUAUAUACUAUACAUGUAAAAUGUUUCUUAACCUGGAUGAAUUGCAAAGCACCAAAUAUCUAUACGGUGAGCACAAUGGCCCCUGGCCGUUUCAUUAUAAUAUUGAUAUAUUUUUUCAAAUAUUAUUAUAUAUAUUCCAGAUUGCGUAUCAUUUUCUUUGUCCCUGGGAUGGGUGCAUGGGUGGCUGACAGUACAUUGUUACAAUGUACAAAGUACAGUCUAGCUCAUAUUGAUAUCAACACCUACUUCAAAUGAUAUUUCCCACACUAAUGCGCCAAAUGCAAUGUGGUUUUAGCAUAUUCAUCAAAAUCAAACAAGUGAUGGUGAAGAUAUAACAGAAUAAAUGAAAUUUAAUGGGACACACUGUGCAUACAACACAAUGGUUGCCAUUCCAACAAUAGAGCACAUCUUGAUAUUUAAUAAUACGCCUGCAUUUUUAAAAAAAAUUGCUACGAUGGUCAUAGUCGCUUUAUGACUAGGCAUAUAAAAACAACGCUAAAGUUAUCAAACUUAUUUAUCAAUGUUCAUCAAACAUGAUGUUGAUUGAAUUGGAGACUUGUUAUAAUUUCGACCGACCAGUUUAAAGGUGACCUGAAAUGCUUUUAUUAAAAUUCUAACUUGGGGUAUAAAACUAUAGGGCAUAACAUAAGAAACACAAGUGUGAAAACCGCAUAAAAAUCAAACUACUCAUCUUAAAGUUAUAGCAGUUUGUAAUUCAAACAUUCCAGGUGGUGCAGGAAGAACAAAUUAAUGAUGUACAUUGUGCUGUACUGAAAUAAAGUUUUGAUAGUUUCAUGCUUAUAUUUUAAUUACCUUGUCACAGGUAUGAGCUUUUAGGGAACAGGUAAAUGUGCAAUUUUAAAAUAUAGGCAUGAAACUCUAAAAAACUUUAUUUCAGUACAGCACAAUCUACAUCAUCAGUUUGUCCUUCCUGCACCACCUGGAAUGUUUGAAUUUUCUACCUGCCAUAACCUGAAGAUGGGUAGUUUGCUUUUUAUGCGGUUUUCACCACUGUGCUUGUUAUCUUAUGCCCUAUCAUUUUUUCCCUAAGGUAAAGAGUGUUGCAGGUGACCUUUAAAGGACAGCAUACCUGUCCACCAUUACCGUGUGAUGAUAUUUUCAACUAAUUUUGUCAAAAAAUUGGUAUGCUGGUCAUAGUCACCUACUAUUUUGAUCUAAGUGCGCUCUCUCAAAAUUGCCAUAUGGAGUUCUGAUUGGUUGAUUUUAAUGAACUAAAAACCAAGAUUCUUAGAACUUUGUGUUUUAUGAUUCAAAAGAAAAAGGCUUCAAAAAAGUUCGAAAUAAAAAAGUUCUUUUGGAAGGGUUUUUAAAUAGCUGAUUACAUAAUGGAGAACUUAUGCAAUCACAUUCCUGCUAUAAUGUAUGAUUAGAAAACAAAAUUUCUGACAAUAUGCUGAAAACCGCAUUGAAUUUGGUCCAUUAGCUGGCGAAAUAGCAUAUGAAGUAGGUGUUGAUAUUAUUAUGAGCCAGACUGUACAUGUAUUUAGUCAAAUCUAGUAAAAAUCAACUUUUUGUUUUUAUCACUUGGUAAAUAUUUUGGAAUGGGCCAUGAUAUGAUAAUUUUUUGGAAGAGGAUAUGUACACAGCAUGCUGUGUAUGCAACAGACAGUAGUUUUAUGUUCACAGCGUUUUAUAUCAAUGCUCAUUAGGCUUAUAGCAUUCCGCGAAGUUACUAUUUAUAGCUCACAAGGUCAUUUGCAUAAGAUAUUGAAGACGUUUUAGUCACGUGACAGUCGGACAUCGACACUUAUUUCUACCUAUUUGAGCUUAUUUCAAAGUCAAUUAUCUUUGACCCUGCAUUGUUUUUAGCAUGAAUGAGAGUCAGAGAGAGAAAUAUUCAGAACAAUUAUGUAGUAUUUCCAACACUCGGACAUGUGCCAGAUUGAAUCUAACUGCCCUAGUUAGAAAGCCUGAAUCCAUUACGAAACCGCAUGUUUGUCCGACAUUGCCUGUAAUUCAGCGAUGGGAAAAUAGAGGGCAGCAGCUGCAGUGACGUCAUCUUCGCGGAAUGCUAUUAUAAAGCCCCGCCUCCGAUUUGAUGCUACCUGCUGUGAAUCCUAGCAACAUUUUCUCUUGAAUACACAACAUGCUGUGUAUACAAUGUACAGGCACGCGCAUUGUCUAGAGUUCACAGCAGACUUCGCUGGCUAGAGAAAACUGUUUUGGUCAUAUGGCACACAUGCCAUCCAAAAACCUGGGCUCCAUUCGCCUUAGAUUUCCUUUGGGGUCGUAGCCAGAUGUAGAAUGGGAUCAGAAAAACUACUACGGGACCAUUGUCACCUGAGGUUUCAACGUUGUGUUGCUUCUGAUACCGAAAGAGAGCUGUUUGGAAGGCGGGAAAAGGAUGAGAAUUUGGCGCCAACUUGAAGGGAAGCGGGUAGUUCUUCCACCGCCACUGCCACCACCAUUUUUUCUCCAGCUGACGUCACUGAUGACGCGGUUAUGUUAAUUCGCCUCUGCUGUGCAUGCAACCAACUUGUUCCUGCGUCCACAGCAGUCUGCUGUGUCCAUAGCCACUUCGUAAUUUCCCACCUGCAGCUGAAUCUUACCUGGUAAACCUUUCUCGAUUUCAUCUUGAUAUUUAAUAGUACGCCUGCAUGUAUUUUAAAAAUUGCUCCGCUGGUCAUAGUCGCUUUAUUAUGACUAGGCAUAAACAAACAACGCCAAAUUUAUCAAACUUAUUUAUCAAUGUUCGUCAAACAUGAUGUUGAUUGAAUUGGAGACUUGUUAUAAUUUCGACCGACCAGUUUAAAGGACAGCAUACCUGUCCACCAUUACCGUGUGAUGAUAUUUUCCACUUAUUUUGUCAUUCAAGCUAAAUAGUAAUAUUGUAAAACAGCCAAAUAUUCACACCUUUGCAAUUUGAAAGUUCUAAAAAAAUUAAUUUUCGUGAUUUUUAUUUCGAGGAUGACAAUUGAUCUUGUGCGAUCUUUAUUUUUACAAAUCGAGAAUAUUUGCAAAAUCCGCCAAAAUAAACCGCCCAUGAAAAUUUGGCGUUUUACAAUAUUCAAGGUGACAUAUUUUAUUGUGUGAAAUUUCUCAGUUCUUGAGAAAUUUAAAUUUGUGCUGUCUUCUUGACCGAGAGUCAAUUUCAAUUAAAAUUUAUACCUGAAAUUAAUCCGAGUACAGUAUUCCUGUAAAAUACUUAUCUUGACUGUUGUUAUAUGCUGUGUCAUAGAUGCCAAACGAUUAAGGAUUGUAUUACAAAUAAAUAUUACAUGUCAUGGAUAUGUCGUUCGAACAAUAGUUAUUUCAUGUUCUGUUCUCGAAUCUGUCAACCUGCGUCACCAAUUGCAUGGAGU